GAGCUCUUUGAUACUACCGGACUCUAGGCGGGAGGCUCGUCGGGGACCCAUGUGCUUCUAUCGGUAGCUGACUGAUUGCGAGCGACCGUCGCAGACGCGGCAGCCUCCCGAGUCUUUGGGCGUCGAUAUUUGGCGUACGUGUACAGCGGCAUCCUGCAGAUAAUACGACAUCUGCCUUCGCGGAAGCCAUGCGAGUCGACAUCCCGGCGGUCUACGCUUACUUCCCGUGAGAACGCUGCCAAAGCGCAGCGCUUGCGGACAAAUACCGCGGUGUGCUGAACGCUUAACGCUUCCGCACACGCACUGUGUCGGCUGGUCCAGUCAAGGUAACCAGCCGACAUGACUUCGCGCCGUCGCGGGCGCCGGGUUAACAUUGGACGGUGCGGCGCAAAGAUAUAUAUAUAUCCCCUUCGAGAGCAGACAUGUCCACGUCCCCGAAACACAUCGUUGCUUUCCCGUACCAGGCCUGGGGCCAUGCCCGUCCUCUCAUCAACCUCGCGGCGCGUUUGGUGAAGUUGCGCGACAUCAACGUAACUUUGCUCUCAACAGACCUGUUCUACGAUCGUGCCGUGGCUGAACUGGCGCGGAGCUUUGUGCCCGGCGAAGAGGAGUUCGCUAAGAGGAUCAGGGUCGUAUCCCUGAGCGCCACGCAUGUUAUGGCCAUCAACGGCGUUGACGAUAGCUUCAAGGCUCUAUGGUUGUCGAUCGCUGCCGGGGAGGCGGUUACAUGUUCCAAGACGGGGACUCAAUUUGCCGCGCUGCCGCCUCCUCAGGCAGUCAUCAUCGAUCAUGCGCUCGACAGUUCUUCGCUGUCGAACCUAUCCGUGUUAUUCGGGAGCUCAGUGGGAAGCUCGACAUACUCGCUCUUCUAUGUGUUUGGCCCGGAGAGCCUCGGCGGAAGGGGAGACAUCAACACGAUAAUCUUAGCCGAGGUAGAGCGAACUGGCCGUCCUUACAACGAAGUAGCUGAGGAGGUUGCUUUCGCAACUAAGGGCGAGGUCGUGAAGGUUCCUGCUCUGCCGCCGAUGUAUGACUAUGAGUAUCACCCACAGGAUUUCCCUUUCCCGAAGGAGCUUGCAACCCUACUAUUCCCUCACGUGUACAAAACACUCGACAUCUGCGACGGGGUACUGCUCAUGACCCCGGAGCCCUAUGAGCCCGACGCUGUCGCUGCGGUGAGGAAGUGGUAUGCGGAGACAGGGCGCUCGGCGUACGUUUGUGGGCCCCUCCUGCCCCCUAAGUCCGCAACUGCCAAGGCCAAGGAGCAACAGCAGUCGAAGGAGGCGACUGAAAUAUCGGCGUUCUUGGAUACGACUCUGAAGACCUCCGGCAAGAAGUCCCUGCUCUAUAUCUCGUUCGGCUCCAUUUUCUGGCCGAUCAAGUCGCCGGAGACUAUCUGGGCGUUCCUGGAUGUCGUGAUGGAGCGCAACAUUCCUUUCAUUAUGAGCCAUGCGUCGCCGCUGGCGACUGUGCCAGACGAGGUCAAGGAGAAGGUAAAGGCUUACGGCAAGGGUAUCAUGUCGCCGUGGUCUCCCCAGCAGACGAUUCUCGAGCACCCCGCCACGGGCUGGUACGUCGCUCACGGCGGCCAUAACGGAGUGACCGAGUCGAUUUGCGCCGGCGUACCCUUCAUCCUCUGGCCCUUCGGUGGCGACCAGCCGAUGAACGCUGUCCAUAUUUCCGAGCAGCUCAAGAUCGGGUACGAGCUCAUCGAAGUGCGCACUGGGGACAAGGGCCGCCACACCAUCUAUCGCACCGGCCGCACCCCUGUGGGCACCAUCGAGGCGAUCAAGGCGGAGGCGCGCGACGUGCUCGCGAAAGCGUACGGCCCCGACGGCGCGGAGAAGCGGCAGCGGCUUGUCGCGCUCCAGCACGCCAUCACGCACGAGUGGGAGGAGGGCGGUGCUGCGCUGCGGGAUAUGAAGACGUUCCUCGACAGCGUUUGAAGUAUGAUACAGGGGCUGCAGCUUCUUUCCGAGCGGCGUUGUAUGGUGCCAACGUAGCAUUAUAAGUAGACGAGCCC